UCAGUCAGUCAGUCACCUUGUCUCGCCCACACGACAUGCCGCACAGCGCCCACCCCCCAGUGCCAGCGCCCAUCACCGCCCCUCUCCCCAGCUCAGACUCAGAGAGCGACAAGAGGAGCGGAAAAGGGCUAGCAAUGGGCUGACUGUGGUGGAAGGUGGUCGUGUGUGCAUGACUUCCAUCCAACGAUCCAACCAAAACUAUCACAUCCAUCCAUCGUUGUGUCGCAUUGCCCCCGCCCUCCAGCCAUCCCCCACACACGUGCGUGAACUUUUGCCUCUCUACCCCUCACACAUCAUACAUUAAAAAUCGUACACGUGGCAUUCACAAACAGUCACGGUGCAUUGAGGCACAUGCACACUCCCCUCUCACUGCUGAUUGGGUUGGGCGGCGAGGCGUCGGCGCAUGGCCCGCGUCUGGACCUUGCCCCCUCUGUUGUCCUCGGCCGGCUGCUCCUCCCCUGCCUGCUUGCGCUUCUUGCUGAGCCUGGCCUGCUCAGCCUGCUGUUGCUGGUGGUUGGGCGGGGCGGCGAGAACCUGCUGGGCGGCGAGGGCAGGAGGCGACACACGAGCCUUCGCUGGCUUGCCCUUCGGCUUCUUGCCCUUCGGCUUCUUGGCCUUCUUGCUGAUGGCCUUCUGGGUCUUGCUGGGCAGCUCGGGUCCGACCUCGGCCUUGCCCUUGCGGCCUGCGAUGCGGCUGCUGUGCCGGAUGGCGCCUUUGCCCUCCGCUGCCGCCUUGGCCUCGAUGUGCACGGCAAGCUCGUCCAGGCCGUUCUUGUCCUUGGGGCCGCCCUCAGCUCUCUUGCGCUUGGGGUUGGGGGCGUCUGGUUUGGCGCCGCGCUUCUUGUUGCGAUUCAUGUGUGGUGGUGCGGCUGCUGGCUGGGCCGGUGCGGGUGUAGGAGCAGGCGCUGGGGGUGGUGGCGGUGGCGGGGCGUCCUCGAGCAUGGGGAGCGCAGUGGCCUUGAGGGUAGCUGGCUGCGUGUAAAAGGCCAUGUAGGCCUGCAUUGCACAGGCAUUCAGAGACAUACAUUGAAAGAGAGAGAGAGAGAGAGAUAGAUGUUGAUUGAGACCUUCCUCUCUCCCUCCUUGCCCUGAACCUCACCUGCUGUCCGAGGACGAACUGUAGGUCUACCUCACCAGCGGGCGCGCUGUCGUCGUAACGAAACCACUUGGCUGCACAAUACAUUCAUCCAAAGAACGCGACAUGGGAGCGAGCGAGACUCGAACAGCGAGAAGAGUUCUGGCUCACCUUUGCCUCCAACAAGCCUUCGGACGCACGCCGUGUAGUGGCCCCCCUUCAGGCUCCUGCCGUGAUGCACGAUCACCCCUGAGCGAAUGAUUCAUUGCAUUCGUACACACCACGCACGCAUAAAUAAAUGAAUCAAUGAAUGGGUAGAGAGAUGGACGGUGACUAACUCUGUUCACAUCCACCCUCCCACCCACCCACCUGUGAGCUCGUGCGGUUCUGCCUCGUGGCCAUCGUCGUCGACACGGUCGGUGUACGGCGAUAAGUCGAGCUGCUCCUGCAGAUCUACGUGGUCCUCGUUCUGCAUAGGUGCAUGGCCGCACUUGUACGCUUGGCACCGAGUGUGUGUGUGUGUGUACCUUGCCGAGCCCCUGGAAGCGCUUCAGGUGGAGUGGCAGAAGCUUUGGCGUCUCAGCCAUGACGUACUGCCGAGUGGCCACCACCUUCUUGCAGCACUUAUCGCACUGAUAUCUACACAACAAUGAGUGCACAGACAGACAGACAGACAGAGAGAGAUGGAUGGAUAUACGGACAGAGACGGACAGACGUUCGUCUGCGAAUGUGUGUCCCCUCCAUCCCUCCCUCCCUCCCUCGGUCCGUCUCUUAGACCCUCCCAGGUGCGUGCAUACAUACUUGUUGUCGCCCGCCAUGGUCUCCUUCUGGAAGAAUGAGUGUAUGCAGCCUCCGGCGUCGGCACCCUUGCCCUCACCCUCCCCCCCAUCCCCAGUCAGAUCAACAGCUUUCUUCUGCACACGGACGUGUGUGUAUAUGUGUGUAUGUGUAUGUAUGUAUGUAUAGUAAGUAUCUGCAUACGCACCGGUAUCUGGACCGAUAGAUUGAACAUCUGCUCUCGUCGUCUCGUCACGUUCCCACACUCACAGCAUGUCACCACCGACUCGAGGGCCCCUGACAAAGCCAGCAGACAUAGACAGACAGACAGACAGACAGGACUCACUCACUGACUCACUGACUCACUGGCCCGUGAACGGAUUCGCGAACUUGCCUACCUCCAAAUAUCUUCGACGCGGCGGUGCUAGUGGUCGUGUCCUUGCCGGCCUCCUUGAGUGUCAUGUCUUUGGGGGCUCCACUGUUCCUCGUCCUCGCGAGCUCUUGAACUGCAGGCAGGCAGGAAGGCACACACACACACACAUCCACUCAUGUGUAUCCGUCCAGAUGUGUCUAUCGUACUUGCCACGAGCUCCUGGUGGAGCGUCUUGAGGAGACACUCGAUGGCCUCUGCGGCGUCCUCUUGAGUGCCCAUCCCUGCAGGCAACGAAGAAGGGUAUAGAGGGAGGCAAACACAUCACAUCAUGUACUGAUUGAUUGCCUACUUCACAUACCGAGGUGGUGGGAGGAGCGGACGAGGGUGCGAUACAUGCUCUCAGGGCGGAGGCACACCGUCGGGGCCUCUCCGGACGGUGUGGCCUUCUCCUGCUCCGUCUUGCCCCACAUAUAUCUGCAUACAGAAACACCACACACACACACACACAGACGAGACAGACAGACAAGAGUGAGUGCAUCCAUCCAUCCACAGAUAAGUAUGAGUACAUGACUGCAGCAAUGACUGCAUUGAGUGGAGGGACAUGUAUGUUGCUCACGAGUUGAGCAGGACCGUUUCCCACAGCAGGGACGUCCUCGGGUCGGUCUGCAGGUCCCGAUGCGAGGUCCCCUUGGGCAGCUGUGCCUCCCGCUCGUUCCUCUCUGUGUGUAUAUUUGCAUGAAUGGAACACACACACACACACACACACACAGACGCAUACAUGCGGUCACACGUGCGGAGAGAGAAAGAAAGGCUGGCCAGACACACGUGCACGUGUGUACCUACCUGUCAGUGACGGCACUGAGGCCUCAUAUCUGUCGAUGAUCUCCUCCUUGUGUGCAACAAGAUAUUCCAUAUCUGCAGACAGGCAGGCAGGCAGGGGAGAGAGUGGACGAACGAGUCCCUCCCUCAUCAAUUGAUGAAUGAAUGAAGCUGUCUGCUUACUCUGGAUGAGGUUGGCGGCGAACGGCUGCACACGCAUGAUCUCCUGCAGGCUGGCGUUGAGGUAGCAGCCGUUGCCGGUCACAUUUUCGAGCACCGUCCGUGGCCACUGCAGGCAGGCAGGCGGGUAACAGGAACACACACGUGUCUAUUUCUUCAGUGCAAUGUUGUUCCCUUGCUGACUUUGUCUUACCUUCUUCAUAUUUCUCUUGCCGCACUGCAGUGGCCCCUCCAUAGCCGCCGAACUCACGCUGAUAUUGACGCGUCGUUCCGCCUCAGGCCCCGGCUCCAAGUCGCCGUCUCCCGCCCUGUUCCCGCCGUCGCCUGCAGCUCUCCCCGGCGUCUGGUCGCCCCCUUCUGGCGGACUGUCGAACGGGUUGGGCACGGAAAUGUGUGCUGGGGGUGGGGUGCAGCACCCUCCCGCUGCCACGCCACAGUCCAUCGUCGCCUCGAUGGCUCGGAGACGGACUCCACGCG